GAUAGUCUUAGAAUGUGUGCGAGAAGCGUGCGUUAUGCGUUAAGAGUCAACCAUAGAACCGUACACUAUUCGGCAUUUAACGGGAAUUGCGAUCAUGAGCAACCGACAAGGUCACUAAGGUGGAACAGGUACGUGCUAAUAGGGUAACUGAAGAAACAGAAGCAUUCAGACUACGGAAACGGAAUCAAGAACCUCGUUGGAGACUUUAGCAGGACAGUGCAGAUGGUCUUGCAUGGCCUGCUGAACGUAUAUCAAAGCAGCUAUAGAGACGUUUUGUGUCGUCCUCACUAUUGUGAGCGAUGGUUGGUAGAACGAUUUUUGCAGCGCUCCUAGUGUGCCCAGAUCGUAGUAACCCAGUUGUUUAGUGAUAGAGUUUUUAUAGAGCAGGACCGCAAGCGCGCGACGCUUUCCUCGAGUUACCCUCGUGUAGUGCUUAUUUGGUUCUCCUGGGAAGGGUAAGGGAAGAAAAACAGAAGCAGAUCACAGCAGAGAUUGUCGUGGGUGUGGCAGACAACCGAGAAAUUAACUGCAAACUACACCAUACACAGCACAAAGCACCAAGAAACAGGAUAUAGACCACAAUACCAGAGCAGCCAUAUUGCGAGAACCCACUUUUUGCUGGCCACCGACUUUUUCGGUGGGCCUUUGUUGAGCUAGUAGCUUUGUGUACUUUGGAAGUCUGUUAUUUUUAGAAACUCCGCCACUUUAUAAACCCCCCCCCCCCCCUUCUUCCCUCAGCGUGACUCAGGAUAGUAGCGCCCCGUGUAUAGCAGUAAUAGUGGUGUAGUGUUUCUUAGCGAUCGACUGUAGAGGAUGUAGCAGUCAAAGCAUGCGGCGGUUGCUAAGGAAGCCAAAGCGGCGUGCUAGUGUAGUCGUAGUUAGAGGAGCCAUAUUUUUUCGCCAGAAAAGCCCGCUAGCACACCCAACCGUUGAUUGCCCCCCGUUUCCUUGGAUUGCGCGAACGUUUUAGGCCGAUGAUCAGUCACUCGUUUCAUUUUCAGCAUCUAUAGUAUCAACGUGAGUGCGCUCCAAGGGGCAGGCCAUUACACACCCCGUUAGCCAGGAUCGAAUUUGAAGAAAUCAUUAAUCAAAAUCAUACGACAAGGAUAAAGCGAGCGACCGGAAAAAUAAAAAACCUGCAACAAACAUGGAAAGCCAAAAAAGGGGAGAAAAGAAACAUAAUGUACUCUAGCAGGCGCAUCAGAAAUCAUUGAACAGUAACAUAACAUAAACUGACACCCGUGUAAAAAGUGAACAGAAAACGUGAAAAUACAAAGAAUAAUGAAAAAUAUUC